CCUUACAAAUGCGCCGAUUGCCCCAAGAGUUUCUGCUACCCGUCCAAGCUGGCGGCCCACCGCCGAACGCACACGGGGCAACGGCCCUACCCUUGCAACCGCUGCGGGAAGAGCUUCUGCUACCCGUCCAAGCUGGCGGCCCACCGCCGAACGCACACGGGGCAACGGCCCUACCCUUGCAACCGCUGCGGGAAGAGCUUCUGCUACCCGUCCAAGCUGGCGGCCCACCGCCGAACGCACACGGGGCAACGGCCCUACCCUUGCAACCGCUGCGGGAAGAGCUUCUGCUACCCGUCCAAGCUGGCGGCCCACCGCCGAACGCACACGGGGCAACGGCCCUACCCUUGCAACCGCUGCGGGAAGAGCUUCUGCUACCCGUCCAAGCUGGCGGCCCACCGCCGAACGCACACGGGGCAACGGCCCUACCCUUGCAACCGCUGCGGGAAGAGCUUUUGCUACCCGUCCAAGCUGGCGGCCCACCGCCGAACGCACACGGGGCAACGGCCCUACCCUUGCAACCGCUGCGGGAAGAGCUUUUGCUACCCGUCCAAGCUGGCGGCCCACCGCCGAACGCACACGGGGCAACGGCCCUACCCUUGCAACCGCUGCGGGAAGAGCUUUUGCUACCCGUCCAAGCUGGCGGCCCACCAGCAGAUCCACGCGGCGGCGGCAGCCGGGCGGCCCUACCCGUGCAUGCGCUGCAGCAAAAGCUUCCGCCAGCUCCGCAACCUCACGCUGCACCAGCGGGUCCACGAAGAUGGGGAAGUGGGGGAUGACUUAUCCCAAACCAAGGGUCACAGCAAUGGAGAGAGGCCCUAGGGGCAGGCGCUUAAGAACCCCGAUAACAUUGGGGGCAAAGGGAGGAAGUCGAUUCAUUGGGAUGCUCGGUGGAUCAUUGUAAAUAGUCAAGUAUGUUAGUCAGGGAGGGAGGGAGGCGGCUUUGGGAGUUACGCAGACCUGCCCUUCAAUGCCCUGUCACUUCUCAGUCUGCAAGGUUAAAGGUCCUAUCACUCCCCCCACUCCACUGUGCCAAGUUCACGUCUUCUCUCCUCAUGGGCCAGGCUAUGUAUACCGUGGUGAAAAAUGAUCUGAAAUGCGCAGAAUGCUAGUUCUGUGAUGAGAAGGGACCUUUUCUGUGGCCGGAGUGCAUUUGCGCCAACCUUUCGUUGACAUUGCGUUUCUGGCAUGCGCCCAAAUGCCCGGCAUGUACAGAGUGCAAGUAUACCACCUUACCUUUCUGCCCAUUCUAUGAAAACCAAAAUUAGCCUUCAUGUAGCGGUUUUAGGAAGAAGUUUGUGUUAAUUUCACAGAAGAACGCGUAGGCACGAAUGUUUUGUAGCAUCACCGAGAGUGAAGGAUGCUUUUAUUUGCUCCGUUCCUUGCAAAGCCAGUUCUCUCCACCAUAGUAUGUUUUCUGCGCAAAGAUGCUCAGCCAGCAGAAGCUUGUAUUGGGGGGGGGGGAGAAUGCAACACCCUUCGGAUGCAAGGUUUUGUGAGGUGGCAGCUCUGAGUUGUACCGUCUGAGCCGUCGGGUACAUUAUGAACACAGGUUUAAGGGUUCAGCCUAUGACUCCAUAAAGGUUUAACCCAUACUGGUAGAUCAUUGUUUGUGGCAGGCAUUAUGGCUUUUGGAUGUAAAAGAAAAAUGCUUUUAGCCUAUGAACUUUGGACCCUGAAUGAGCUACUGCUGCAGAACAGCUAGUUGUAUGCAAAAAAAAAAUGGGUUUGAGCAGCUCUGUGUUUUCAUUUUCAGGAAGAGGCCUCCAUCCCGUUCAAGGGGAUGUGUGAACACGAAGCACUGAACUGUGGUUGUUGGUGUGUGUGUGUAGAGCUGUUAACGUGUAUGGAUUUUUCUUGCUAGGUGGGACAAUCUGAUGGCUGUUUUUCACCACUUGGUAUACACAGCUUAAUAGCCUGGUCCCUUACUUUCCUGCUGUGUAGUUGUUUCUAAACAUACUUACAAAGGCAAAAAAACAA